GGUUUUGGUUUUGCCAUUGGAACUAACAAUUGUUAAAAGUCUAAUGUUCUAGGACAACAUCACGCAGCAAUAUCCUUAUCUAUUAAAUUAGACUAAUUCAGCCUCCUCUUUUCUUUAUGGGAUGAUGUAUAAAUACCUACACAUGCUGCCUUUAUUUCAAACCACACCAGAAACUUAACACUGUUCUUAAAAGUUACAAGUCUGUUACAUACUACUACAAAGCUUUCUCAGAGUUUCAAUUUCAAGUUCUUAGCUGCAUUCAUUGGAUUCUCAGUAACCAAGAGGAGGAAGAAUGUCUAAUUCUAAUACUGCUGGACAGGUCAUACGCUGCAGAGCUGCUGUAGCAUGGGAAGCAGGGAAGCCACUGGUGAUUGAAGAAGUUGAGGUAGCACCACCACAGACAAAUGAAGUUCGUUUGAAAAUCCUUUAUACCUCUUUGUGCCAUACUGAUGUCUACUUCUGGGAAGCCAAGGGACAAAACCCUUUGUUUCCUAGAAUUUAUGGUCAUGAGGCAGGAGGGAUUGUGGAGAGUGUUGGUGAAGGCGUGACGGAUCUUAAAGCAGGCGAUCAUGUCCUGCCUGUGUUCACAGGGGAAUGCAAGGACUGUGCUCACUGUAAAUCAGAAGAGAGCAACAUGUGUGAUCUCCUCAGGAUAAACACUGACAGGGGAGUGAUGCUGAGUGAUGGGAAAUCAAGAUUUUCAAUUAAAGGCAAGCCAAUAUACCACUUUGUUGGGACUUCCACCUUCAGUGAGUACACUGUUGUUCAUGUUGGCUGCCUUGCCAAGAUCAAUCCCUUGGCUCCUCUGGACAAAGUCUGUGUCCUCAGUUGUGGUAUCUCCACAGGUCUGGGAGCUACUCUUAAUGUUGCAAAACCGAAAAAGGGAUCAACAGUUGCUGUUUUUGGAUUGGGAGCUGUAGGCCUUGCAGUGAGUCUCUUUAUCUCUUGCUAUCUGCCAUAUAUUUAUAUAUGUGACACUUUCACUGCUUGUUUAGGUGUAUGUUUAUGUGUAUAAUGGAAAAUAAAUGUAUAAAUGGUUUUCUG